ACCGCUGGCCCCGCCCCCAGGCCCGCUUCCGGCGCUUCGGGCCUGGGGCGGACACCCGAGCCGGUCGGCGCUGCGUUGUCGGAGGUGCUGCCGCCGUGCACCAUGUUGCCUGCUGACCACCGGCCGACGCCGCUCUGCGGACCCCGCCUGGGGGCCGCGCUGCUGCUACUGCUGCUCCCCGCCGCCUGCGCUCAGGGGCCGGCGGGAGAGGGUUGUUCUCAGAACACAAACAGAUCCUGUGAAGAGUGUCUCAGAAACGUCUCGUGUCUCUGGUGCAACACGAACAAAGCAUGCUUGGACUACCCAGUGAGAAAAAUCCUGCCCCCCGCUUCUCUUUGUCAGCUGAGUUCUGCUCGUUGGGGUGUUUGCUGGGUGAAUUUCGAGGCCUUGAUCAUCACCAUGUCAGUUAUGGGGGGCUCCGUACUCCUGGGCAUUGCCAUCUGCUGCUGCUGCUGCUGCCGCCAGAGAAAGAAGAGCCGGAGGCUGGACAAGAGUGAUGAGCGGGCUGUGAGGGAGCAGGAGGAGAGGAGAGUGCGGCAGGAGGAGAGGAGAGCAGAAAUGAAGUCAAGACAUGAUGAAAUCAGGAAAAAAUACGGUCUGUUUAAAGAACAAAACCCAUAUGAGAAGUUUUAAAGCAGCUGGCUGAUACUGGGCAGACAUCACAGCACCCAUCUUCCUGGAAGUGCGCUCCUCAGCAUGGCCUGGCACCAUAGCCACCCUGACCUGAGUGAGCCCAACCUUGGCAUGGGUGCUGGAGUGGCCUUGGGAGGACAAUCCUGCCCCUGUUCCUUCUGUCUCUGUUUCUGUAAUCACUUGAGACACUAAUGUUGUUGGGGUCCCUUCUUUGGAGGAAUUAUACUUGCUGCCCACCCUCUGGGAGCCAGUUCUGUAUCUGGCAGCCUGGACUCCUGAGCCCCCUGCCCUGUGACUUCACAUCGUAACCCAUGAAGUCAUACUUUGCCAUGGCAAGAGCCGAACCAUGCCAUCCUCAAAGCCAUGGUGUGUCUCUGCACCCGUUUCUGUGACAUGUUGGUGUCCAGCUGCGGUGGCCUUUUGGAAGGUGCUGUCCCAGCAGGCAGCCUGGUAAGGAUUUCCUUCUAACCCAGCUACAUCCAGCAGCUUGGGAGAAUACAAAGUCACCUGAAAACUUUUUUUCAUUACUCUUGGGUUUCCCUCAAGAAACAGUCUCUUAAAACCUUUCAUGUAAGAAUUGAAGCUUCCUCUUGGAUGGCGUUUAAGUCUCAGUAGACAAAGAAUCAUCUCCCCUUUGGGAAAUGGGAAUGGUAAAUGUGUUUGAACGCCUGUGUGAGGGCUGAGUCAGUUACCUGGCUACCUGCCUCACCUCACCUUCAGCUGUGGCAACCAGUAGAGUCACAUGUCCUUGGAAGGACCUUUCCACAGGUCUUGGGCCUGUCAGGCUGUUGGGGUGGGCAUGUGGGGAUCAUGGAGGUGGUGGGUCUUUUCCUGGGAGGACAGCUCAUCUACAGGCCCCCCCCCCCCCCGGGAAGCCAAGUGUGUGGGAAACUAGGGGACCCCCAUCCCUCACUGCCUAUCAGACAAACUGCCUGAGCAGACCCCACCCCAACCCCCAAUUCUAGCCAUGUGAAAAGCUCGGUGUAUCUUACAUUUCAGCAUUGGCCCUUGAAAGCUUGUCAGAGACACCAUGAUUCCAUGCACAGUGUACAUUUCUCUGAAAUCAGAUGUAGUGUGGAGACUACAUACUUGGAAGUAGUGAGGAGACUACAUACUUGGAAGUAGUGAGGAGACUACAUGCUUGCAGUGAGGAGACUACAUGCUUGCAGUGAGGAGACUACAUGCUUGGAAGCAGAGACAGCAAAUUCCCAUGAAGUGACUGGGAAGCUGCUAACAUGUGCCGAUUGCUUUGAAUUUAAAGCUGUCCCCUGGGGAAGGCAGCCACCAGCCUGGGGUGCUGGUGCUGAGGGUGUCCAGUGGUCGUCCCUUUGUGCCUGGAGACCUCACCUGGCAGCUUGGUGACCUUUUAAGCUCUGUCAGUCUGUCCAGGAGUUAAGCUCUGUACCCUCAGACUUUCACAGACUAAGGAAAUGACCUUUACCACGCUCUGAGGUCUUAUUUUUCUGACUUGUUAGACAUUUGAUGUAAUUUAGGGCAUCACCAUACAUUCCUGAGUAUUUUAUGGCAGCCUCUAGAUUUGUCUUUGUACUCUGUUCAUAAAAGAAAUCUAAUGGGCUUGAUGAGCUUUCUAUUACUAUGUAGCAUGAAUCACAGUUUUAAGUGAGGUUGUUGAGCUGAUGUUAGAGCGACCAGUUGCUACUAAAUACAGUGUACUUAGUUCUUGAGCAGUGAAGCAGCAGCAGGUGCUCCCAGGACUCGUCGGGAUCUGUUUUUGUCUCUUAAGCCACAAAGAGCAGCCCCAGAGCUCAGCCCAGGGACCAUCACACCCAGUGCCUUACUUUUUAACCACUUUUCAAUAAAAUGGUUGAAUACA